UGGAGGGGGUUAGAGAGGGAGAUCUUGGGCUGGUGUUGUGGAAACAUUUGCUUUGGAGGCAGUCAGGCUGGAUUCUGAUCCUGAUUCUGCCAUUUACUGCCUGUGUGACUUUGAGUAAGUCACCUCUCUGAACCUCAUUUCCCUCAUGGGCAAACUCUAUAGGGGGCAGGCAGCUCAGCACCUGCUGGAGAAAACACAGCAUUUGGGUCAUACAGACCUGGGGCUAAAUCCCAAAACACUUAAGAGCUGGGUAGCUAUGGGAGCCAUGAGCCACCGGAUCCUGCUGCUUCUGGCCGUGCUGACCCUGGGCCUGGCUACAUCCCAACACCGAGACAAGGUGCCCUGUAAGAAGGUGGACAAGGAAGUCUUGUGCCGGGGCCUUGGCCUACUCCAGGUCCCCUCGGUGCUCCCGCGGGACAUCGAGGUCCUCGACCUGUCUGGGAACCAGCUGCAGAGCAUCCUGGCUUCGCCCCUGGGCUUCUACACAGCGCUUCUUCACCUGGACCUGAGCGCCAACGAGAUUAGCUUCCUCCAGCCAGGGGUCUUCCAGGCCCUGCCCCACCUGGAGCACCUCAACCUGGCCCACAACCGCCUGGCGGUGGGCACGGUGCUGAGCACUGGGGGUCUGGGUCCCCUGCCACACCUGAUGUCCCUGGACCUGUCUGGCAACAGCCUGUACAGUGGCCUGGCGGAGCGGCUGCUGGCGGAGGCGCCCGCCCUGCGCAGCCUCUCGCUGGCAGAGAACAGCCUGACGCGCCUGAGCCGCCACACCUUCUGGGGCACACCCGCGCUCGAGCGGCUGGACCUUCACAGCAACGUGCUGAUGGACAUCGAGGACGGAGCCUUCGAGGCCCUGCCCCACCUGGCACACCUCAACCUCUCCAGGAACUCCCUCACCUGCAUCUCCGACUUCAGCCUCCAGCAGCUGCGGGUCCUAGACCUGAGCUGCAAUAGUAUCGAGGCCUUUCAGACGGCCCCGGAGCCCCGGGCCCAGUAUCAGCUCGCCUGGCUCGACCUGCGGGAGAACAAACUGCUCCACUUCCCCGACCUGGCCGCACUUCCGAGCCUCGUUUACCUGAACGUGUCUAACAACCUCAUCCGCCUCCCUGCGGGGCCGCCCCAGGGCGGCGAGAGCCUUCACGCGCCUUCCGAGGGCUGGUCUGCCUUGCCCUUCUCUAACCCCGGCCGCAAUGCCAGCACCCAGCCCCUCUCUCAGCUCUUGAAUCUGGAUCUGAGCUACAAUGAGAUUGAGCUCAUCCCGGAGGGCUUUCUUGAGCACCUGACUUCCCUGCGCUUCCUGAACCUCAGCCGGAACUGCUUGCGGGCCUUUGAGGCCCGGCGGAUGGGCUCCCUGCCUUGCCUUGAACUCCUGGACAUGAGCCACAAUGCGCUGGAGACGCUGGAGCUGGGUGCCAGGGCCCUGGGGUCUCUGCAGACACUGCUCCUACAGGACAACGCCCUGCGAGACCUGCCCCCGUACACCUUCGCCGGCCUGGCCAGCCUGCAGAGGCUCAACCUGCAGGGGAACUGGGUCAGCCCCUGCGGGGGCCCAGGUGAGCCUGGACCCACGGGCUGUGUGGCCUUCUCUGGCAUCUCCUCCCUCCGCGUCCUGAACCUGGCAGACAAUGAGAUGGAGACGCUCCGGGCAGGUGCCUUCCUCCACACUCCGCUGACCGAGCUGGACCUCUCCACCAACCCUGGGCUGGAUGUGGCCACAGGGGCCUUGGCGGGCCUGGAGGGCUCCCUGGAGGUCCUGGCCUUGCAGGGCAACGGGCUGGCCAUCCUGCAGGUGGACCUGCCCUGCUUCAGCUGCCUCAAGCGUCUCAAUCUGGCAGAGAACCGCCUGAGCCACCUGCCUGCCUGGACGCAGGCUGUGUCCUUGGAGGUGCUGGACCUAAGGAACAACAGCUUCAGCCUCCUGCCGGGCAGUGCCAUGGGCGGCCUGGAGACCAGCCUGCGGCGCCUCUACCUGCAGGGGAACCCCCUCAGCUGCUGUGGCAACGGCUGGCUGGCGGCCCAGCUGCACCAGGGCCGUGUGGACGUGGACGCCACCCAGGACCUGAUCUGCCGCUUCGGCUCCCAGGAGGAGGUGUCCCUGAGUCACGUGCGUCCUGAGGACUGUGAGAAGGGGGGGCUCAAGAACGUCAACCUCAUCAUCAUCCUCACCUUUGCCCUGGUGUGUGCCAUCCUUCUCACCACGCUGGCCACCUGCUGCUGUGUCCGCCGGCAGAAGUUCAACCAACAGUACAAAGCCUAGAGAGGCUGGGGGCUACAGACCAGCUCUGUCGGGGGAUCCUGCCAGGUCAGUGGGGGAGCCAGAGGCACGAAGAAGGGUGGGGACUGACCCAAGAUUACCCAGUGAGCCAGGAUCCAAGAACCCUGGUCUCUCAGUCCCAGCCCAGGGCUCCUUUCCCGGUAUCCUGCUGCAUCAGUAGGUGACCCACUUCACAGGGCACACAUGUGGUGCAGCUGUGGAAGCUGGAAGAUGGGCAGUUGCAGGAGUGACAGAGUGUGAGGUUGACCCAUAGGAUCAACACAUCUUCACCAGGCGUCUGUUUUGUGCCACACCCUGCCCUGGGCACUGGGGACGCCAGGGAAUGAGACACAUCCCUGCCCUCAGCAUCGCCCAGUCUGGGUGGGGAGGUGGUUGCAGCGACCACACAGAGUGUGGAAGCCAGGGCUCCAAAGCUCUGCAGCCGCAGCUGGCUGAGUGUGGGUAGUCCUGCCCCAGCUGGGCCAGGGUAAGAGAGGCGCAGUGCCGACCGAGAGGCUUUGUCUGAGAGGUGUCCAAGCAGACUGUUUGUCACAUCUUCUGAUAAUGACUUUCAGCUUCUCUGGAACAUAAAAAGCUUGUGACCGGAAGAGAGCUGGAUCCACUUGAUUAAGGCUUGGAUCCAGUGCUAUUAGGCGGGCUGUGGCAGCUCCAGCAGGGCCUGGUUAAGAGGCGGUCUCCCUGGGCUCCAGCCCAGCACUGGACCAUUCCGUUUCCUGCUCCGGGCAGGCUCUUUCCCUUACCUGGCACUCUCGUGUGGCACACACCGGCCAAGAUACUGCCCUAACCCCCCUACUCCCUGCCCAGGCCCCCUGCUCCAUCCCAGUCCCACCCUGGCUGGUGAGCCAGGAGUAAGAACCUUAGGUAUCUGGUUCUGUUUUGCCCACACUUGGCAAUGGUGACAAACCCAAGCCUGCAUCUGCCUCUUUAUGACAACUCUCUGAGGUUGGCAUUUUAUCCCAUUUUACAAGAGGCUCCAAAAGUCUCCCUUCAGGGACCUGCAGCUAAGACAUGCCAGAACUGAGCUCCAGACUCACAUCCUCCUGAGUCCAGAGGCUGAGCUUGGCCACUGCAGGGGCUGCAGGCUCUUAGGUGGACAGGAACUGGCCCCACAUGGCCGGAACAAGGCCCGGGAGCAUGCUGUGCUGGGCACACACCCACCUGCUCCUCUCCCUCAUCUCUCCCAGGCGGGCAGAGAGAAGAUGGGCAGCCACAGGCCCUCUCCUCCUUCUGUGCCUCAUUUUCCCUUAUUCCCUCAUUUGAAGACUCGGCGGGCUCUCCUUUUUCUCUUCUUGCUCUUGCGUGCCCUCCUUCCCUCUCCCUCCUUUGAGCAUCGCCUGGACUUUGAAACCAUUGAGUCCAACCUCCCUGUUGCACAGAUAGGGAGGCUAAGACUGAGGAAGAGAAUGGGACUUGCUCAGAGUUGCACAAGUCAAUGGCAGAGCCUGUGAAACAAGGUGGAUUCAGACCUCAUUGAGGAGGUGUGUUGGGGGGGGGGGGCGGGGCUUGGUGGUUGGACCUGAAUGGUUUCCUACUCUCUCAGCUGUCACAUCACAAGAUGAUGCUGGCUCCAAACUCUCUUACUAGUCCUCAUCAUGCAGGGACUUUUUUUUUCCCCUAGAAAAAUGGAUAGAAAAAUCCCAUCCAGAUAUAACCCCCUGUUUCUCAUACCCAUGAAGUCAUGGGCCGUCCGGGAAGAAAGGAAGCCCUGGGGUUAACCCCGGGACGCUGUGUCAUGGUCUUCACCCUCUUACCUGUGCUUGGCCCGCACUCAGGCUCACGAUGGUGCUUGGUAAAGUGUGAGAUGAUGAAAAUGCCCCUCUCUCCACCCCAUUUUACAGAUGAGAAAACUGAGGCCCAGAGCGGGUCGAGGACUCAGGGAGUCAACGGCAGAGCCGGGGCUAGAGCCUGGUGGCUUGGCCCCAGCCCGGGGCCCUGGUGGCGAGUGGGGCAGCUGGUGGGUCUAGUCCUGUUUGGGAUCACGACCACAGGUGCUCACUGCACACAAACACUCUUCCUCAGGCCUGGAGGGCAAGGUGUGGGCCCCUCCAUGCCUGAUCUUUGAGAACACUACACAAUGCUGCUCUCACCCCCCAGGACCCAGGCUACAACCCAGGCCUUGGGGCCAGCUCUUUGUGUAACCCACGUGAAUGUAUUAAAAAAUGAUUAUGGAGAAAGAGUGCAGCCUGCCGGCCUCCUCCUUGCUGCGGGUAAUCAUUGCGUCCACUUGAACCCUGCCUCUUCUACCUCCCUUCCAGCCUUUGAAGCCUCAUGACAAACCCCUAGGGAGACAGGCUGAGGACCGCUGGGUGGGAGACUGAGGCUCUGGGUCAUCACCAUCCUGGACCUGGGUGCCUCAGCCCCCAUCGUGUCCCUGCCACACCUCUGUCCCCUCACACUCAGCAAACCCCACUCCCCACCCACCACUGAGAAAACAGUGACUUCCAGCAGGAGCCGCUGAGCGCCUUUCCCUCCUCUGCAGCUCCAUUUUCUCACUUGCCUCUCCUUCAGCCUUUCCUCUCUGUUUGCUUCUUCCUCUCAGACUUCAGCUGUGCUCAAGUCUUGCCCAUCUUACGAACAGUAAGGAGACCCUUAAGCCACUUUCCCCUUUCCUUUCCCUACUUCAUGGGUAAACUUCUAGGUAAAGUAGCUUCCUCUCCCUCCCUUCCAUCCUAACCCAUCCCAGGCCUUCUCCAGCUGUCCCCCUGCCC